CUAGCCGCCGCUUUGAGUUAGACCUCUCCUUGGACAAAAUCUUUCCUCAUAAAGUUCUAAUUUUUCAGUUCAACUAAUUUUCUUUUUCAUUUUGCCGGCAACCAUACAGACUCUUAGAAAAUGCCCAACACAAUGAGUUCAAUUCAGAGUCCUCUUCGUGUAUCAAUCUCCGAAUCGACCAAUCUCCGCCGUCGGAUCAGUUUUGAAGGUCGAGGAAAAGUGAUCAAAAUCAACCACAGCGUCAAAAGAGUGACUAUUGUAUCGUGUCUCAGCGCGCAUGUGGCGGAGUCACGUGAGAGCGUGGCAGUAGCGAAGAGCAGCCAGGAGGUGAUGGAGGCGGAGAAGAAGGUGCUGGUGGGGACGUACGCGAGGACGCCUGUGGUACUUGUGAGUGGCAAGGGAUGUAAAUUGUAUGAUGUUGAGGGGCGAGAGUAUUUGGAUAUGAGUUCGGGGAUUGCUGUGAAUGCGCUUGGACAUGGAGAUGAAGAUUGGGUAAAGGCCGUGGUUGACCAAGCGAAUUUGUUGACGCAUGUCAGCAAUGUGUAUUAUUCCGUCCCUCAGAUAGAGCUUGCUAAGCGUUUAGUGGCUUCUUCUUUUGCUGAUCGCGUGUUUUUUACAAAUUCGGGAACGGAAGCAAAUGAAGCUGCUAUCAAAUUUUCCCGGAAGUUUCAGAGACACUCAAAUCCUGAUGCAAAAGAGCCAGCCAUGGAGUUCAUAGCUUUCUCCAACUGCUUUCAUGGAAGAACCAUGGGUGCUCUUGCUCUGACAAGCAAGGAACACUAUAGGUUACCUUUUGAACCUGUCAUGUCUGGGGUCACUUUUGUGGAGUUUGGAAAUAUAGAAGCCACCAAAAAACUGAUUCAGCGUGGUAAAACUGCGGCAGUUUUUGUUGAACCCAUUCAGGGUGAAGGGGGCAUAUAUAGUGCAACAAAAGAAUUUUUACAGUUUCUACGUAGUGCUUGUGAUGAUGCUGGGGCUCUUCUUGUCUUUGAUGAGGUUCAAUGUGGUUUAGGCCGGACUGGAUACCUCUGGGCACAUGAGCACUAUGGUAUCUUCCCAGAUAUGAUGACCCUUGCCAAACCUCUUGCCGGAGGCCUACCCAUUGGAGCUGCUCUGGUGACUGAACGAGUUGCUUCUGCCAUAAAUUAUGGAGACCAUGGAAGCACUUUUGCUGGAAGCCCCCUUGUCUGCAACGCUGCAAUUGCUGUUCUUGACAAAAUCGCAAAACCUGACUUCUUGGCCAGGGUCUCUAAGAAAGGCCAGUACCUCAAAGAACUUUUAAAGCAGAAGCUGGGAGGAAAUCCUCAUGUCAAAGAAAUACGUGGACAAGGGCUUAUUAUUGGAAUUGAGUUGGACAUUCCUGCCUCACCCCUUGUAGAUGCAUGCCGAGAAUCUGGCCUCCUUGUACUUACUGCUGGAAAAGGCAACGUUGUGAGGAUUGUGCCUCCAUUGAUCAUAACGGAGCAAGAGCUUGAUCAUGCAGUUGAAAUUCUUCACAAAUCCAUUCCAGUUCUUGACUGUAAUUCAAACUAGGAGAAAUAAUAUUGCUGCAUAGUAGAAGUUGAAGGAUUCAGUGCUCGAAUUAGUAGUUUAUGUUGUAACACAUUGUAUGAUGAAAACUGUUGGCACCUAAAGCUAAGCUGUGCUUAUUAUGAGGGAAACUAGUUUAUUUACAUUUUCA